AUGUUCAAGACGAUCAAUCCUUUUCUUGGCGAAAGCCUGCGACUUUUGAACUCGACUACGGUCUUACCGCUUCCUCGUUUCAAGACCAGAAUCUCUCCAAGCUAUAGACUGCAGGCACCAUACAAAAGCAGGAACUAUGCCACCGCAACAGAGUUCCCACACCAGAACUACUCAUGGCCGAGCAAUCCAUCUUUCACCCCCUAUGAUGUCUUGAAUUUACCCCGCACCGGGAAGUAUUCGAAAAGAAAUUACUAUGACCUCGUUAAGAUCUACCACCCCGACCGACCUCUCCAUGACCAUCCUCUCUUCAAUCAAUUAACCGCUGAAAGCCGAUUGCAGCGCUACCGAAUUGUGGUUGAUGCACAUGAUCUCCUUUCUGAUCCGAUCAAACGAGCGGCCUAUGAUCGAAAUGGCACUGGCUGGAUCCACGCGGGACUGGAUACUACAAUGGACCGCAACUCCCAUGGCCCGAAUAUCUACGCGAAUGCCACAUGGGAAGAUUGGGAGGACUGGCAUAACCGCCACCAAGGGCCGCAGCAGCAUGUUGUCGACCAGCGCACCUUCUCUCGGCUUGUAAUCCUCUUGGUGCUGUUUGCGGGCGCCCUUCAAGCAUCCUGGAUCAGCCAGAUGAAUUCUGGCUACACUGAUCGACUACGUGAGGUUAACGAGAAGUCGGCGCGCGUCCUACGGGACCGUAGAGACAGCACCGUCAAACAGAUGAAUUCAAAUGAUGCGCGCGUGCAGGGCUUCCUCAUUCGGAGAGACCCCACGGGGUCGGGUUUGAAGGAUAUCGAACAGCCGAUUUAUCAAAGGGAGUUGAAUCCUCGGAGUGGUUUGGAUGAGUCCUCCGAUGUCGGCAGCGAUAACCGAGAGCCUGUACAGUCCGUGGACUUGGACUUGGAGUCGGAAUUCCCGGAACUCUCUGGUAAAUAA